GGUGUGGGAGUUGUCAGCCCUUUCUGGAAGGCAUAGCACAGCUGCUAUAUCUGGCAGCAGCUGCCCCCACUAGGCCGCUCAGAUAUCAAACCAGUGGAGCAGCAGAGCAAGAAACAGGGAACCGUUCCUACGUGAGACUCAUUUACCAAUGACAGAAACUGAGAGGACUGUUCCAGAGACCAAGGGUAAACCCUUGGCCUUCCGGUCUCAAAAAGAGAUGUUUGAGAAGAUGGCGGAAUCUUUUAAAGUUUGUGCACAUUGCGAGAAGAGGCCACAUCAGCUCUCAGACCCACAGAACCUAAAGCGUUGCGCUAGAUGUCUAAAUGUUUAUUACUGCUCUAAAGACUGUCAGAAGGAGGACUGGCCAAAACACAAGACGUUCUGCUCACAGCUGCGUCUAGCUGCCAUUGACAGAGUUGUGGAGUGGCUUGUGUUCAAAGGAGACCUUCCAUUCCCUACAGAAAAAUGGUCAAAGCCACAGUCAGAGGUUAAAGGAUGGGAUGACUGGCUCACGAUGCAGGGGGAUCUCACAGCUCGUCUCAGUCCUGUUUUAAAUGGAGCAAACAUGAAAGACUUGUGGUCCAACGCUGGAAGGCCUCGGCCUGACGAUGAAGACUUGAAGCAGUCUCUGUGGAGGGUCUGCAGUGAGUUCUUCUCCAGGCCGCUGACCAUAGCCUGGGGGAUGCGGCUGUUUGGCCUUAACCCUUAUUGCAAGCCUCUCGUCAUUCACCUGGUAGGAGCAGGUCACAGUGAAACACUGGCAGCCCGACUGACAGACUACGAUGAGCUGAACAACAUGUUCCCUGGACACCAGGGUAUCGAGAUAGUCAUGGUGGGACCAGAGGUGGUGGACGGUCCCAUUGUGAGGCCUCCUCUUACAGCAUUUGGACCCAAGCAGAAGGUCUACAUCAGUGCCUACAAGGGCCUCUACCACCAGUUCUGGGAGGAGCUGGUGGAGAAACAGGAGGCAGCCAGGCCGGAUUUGGUGGUUGGAUUUCAUCCCGGGUUUGAUGCCAGUCAGGGCCUGGACCAGGGCUGGCUUCCAACACUCCUGCUCCUCAGAGAUUAUGAAAUUCCUUCUCUUUUCACUGCUGUUACUGAGGUGGAGAUGACCUACUCCCUGCAGAUACUGUUUGAGUUGGAGAUGGACAUGAAAGGAAGUGGAGCCAACCCCUUCUCCUCGCUGAAACCAGAAGUGGUGGGCUCAGGGCUCACCAAGCCUCCUGUCUUCUGCAACUCACACUACUUCUGUUUUCAGGGUCUGCUGGAGCAUGUAGAGUUUGAGGAACCAGAGGAGGCUUGAAUGAGUUAACAGUCUGUGUGGUGCACAAACUGUUGUGGAAUUGUUGUGAUUGGCACAGUUUUUAUACGUCUGUAUUUUUUAUAAAAAAUAUUUUUAAAAUGGUUAAAAGUAGCAUGUAGUGUAACUAAAAACCUGUUAUUGUAAACAAGUCUGUGCCUUUUUACAGCUCUAAGUGUUUGCUGUGACAUUUGCAUCCAUUACCUCAGUUUCCAAAGCUGUGAGAUUUGAAUAUACUAUCUGUGAACUGUUGUUGUGUUAGCAGAGAAUUAAUUUAACUUUGUAGACAUAGAUAAAUGUCUACUCACUGACAGUCUACAAUAGAAAUU